AUGGCUGGUUUGGACCUGAGCUCGGCCAACUUCAUCUCCCACCAGCUCCACCUCCAGCGUCACCAGCCGGAGGCGGCGGCUGACGACGAGGACUCCGGCCGGAAGCAGCAGCAGCAGCAGCAGCACCAGUUCUCCGGCGACAACGCCGACAACGUGAGCUCGGGAGAGCUGGUCGCCCGCCGCCCCCGAGGCCGGCCGCCGGGGUCCAAGAACAAGCCGAAGCCCCCCGGUGAGGUUACAGUUAAAGGUGCCAUUGAUGCCAAAAAGGUUCAAGAAAGGUUACAAAAAUGGAGCAAGAAAAAAGUUGAGUUAAAAUCCGAGACUAUGUCCAAGGACGAAGUGAAAAAGGAAACUAUUAGAACAAUUACAAUGAAGGUUUACUUGCAUUGUGAUCAAUGUGAACGCGAGGCGCGUAAAAGGCUAAUGAUGCACAAAGGCAUACAUAAUGUUAAGACCGACAUAAAAGCUCAGAGGAUCACGGUUGAGGGAGUCUUGGAGCCGGAAAAGCUCGUGACGUAUAUGAGAAAACGAGUACACAAAUACGCCGAAUUAAUAGUAACCGAAAAAAAGAAGGAAGAAAAUAAAGAGAAGGGUAAAGGCUUAGAGGAAAAUAGUAAGAGUAUUGUGCAGUUUAAGGAGGUUAAUAAAGUGGAAGCCAAAAAUAAAGAAGGUGAAGUUGCAUACUUCAUACAUUAUGUAUAUGCUCCUCAAAUGUUUAGUGAUGAAAACCCCAAUGCUUGUUCCAUUUUGUAG